AUGCUAGAUUUUACGCCAGGGAGUAAAGCGAGCAUUCGCGCUAAGGCCCGACAUCUCGCGCGAAAGAAGCUUACGGCCAAGUCUGUCGCACCUGGGUUGAUUGCUUCCAAGACUAAGAAAGCGAACGACAAGACAAACUGGUUGCCUCCUACUGUAAGCUCAUCGACAUCAGCCCUUCCAAAUGGCUACUCCCGAAAGCGGCUGUCUCGAGACUUCGAUGUGCACGAGGAAAUCAAUGAACGCCCCACGAAAUAUGCGAAGCGACCAUGCUUUGCUAAUGGGACUUGCGAUACCCCGGUGAAUCAAGUUAAGGGCAUAUCGAACGAUUCAGAUCUUAAGGCUACUAAACGAUCCAAUGUGCCUGUGAUACUGUCACCUUAUAGUGAUGACGAGGUUCAGUUCAUCGGCAGUAGGAGAAUUCAUUCUUCCACAUCGAAAGUAGACCCUAGGAGGUUCGAUGAUGGUCUUGAACUGGAUGGUAGCCAGUCGACACGUCCAUCCGGACCUAAUCUUCGUAGCGAGCAGUCUCAGACUUCGAACCCUAGUCGUCGUCCGCGCUAUCUGGAUACAACCGGAAAAGCUACUAUCAACACCUCUAGUAGCAUUUCGAAUGCGCCAACCGAGGACACGAUCCAAAACUUUUGCGACUUUGAGAGUAGGGUCGAUCCUGUAUUUGAACUCCAAGAGUCAUACUCUCAAAAGCGCGGACUAAGGCCGAACGCAUAUCUUCGAAGACCACUAGAUCCGUCUCCUGCUGCGCCAGUGCAGAAUCAGCGCAAGCGCAAAGCUAAUCAUCAGGAUGACCUGGGCGGACAUUAUCAUAAGCACCAAAAGAAGACAAGCCAGUAUGCACUGCCUAGCUUUUCUUAUCCCGAGGACCCAGUCGGUAGCAUCGUCAACGUGUUUCUUGAUACUCUUGACCACUACCCAUCUCAUCCCGUGACAGACUCGACACCCGCGACUAUUCUUGAAGCUAUGCCAGAAGGAGAUACUCAUGAUCUUCACCACCAUUGGACGGCCUUUGAUGGUGGUCUUGCUCGCGAAGGGGGAGAUGGCAGAACUUCCCCUCUAGAUCUGAACGAGCUCACUGAAGAUUAUCUGACACAGAUAGAAGCUCAAACUUUAAAUGACCUAGCUGCCAGUCAGACGGUAAAGGUCAGUACGAUAGAUGCCACGAUCAUGAUUAUGUGGGGGGAAGACUUGGGGUCAAAUGGAAACAACAACGAUGCCAAUGCAUGCGUUGCAGGCGGAAAUAUGCAAAGUGGAGAUCAGGUGCAGGCCUCAUAG